AUGCCCCGCUGGCUCAUCCAACACAGUCCCAACACCCUCACCCCCGAAGAGAAAUCCCACCUCGCCCAACAAAUCACUCAGGCCUACGUCGGCUUCGGCCUCCCAGCAUUCUACGUCCAAGUACACUUCACCGAGCAACCAGCCGACACAUCCUUCAUCGGCGGCGAGCAGCACCCCAACUUCGUCGCGCUGACCAUCUACCAUCUGGCGCGGACGAUGACCUCCGACGAGCAGCGGCAGGGAUUCCUGAAACACAUUGAUGCGGUCAUGACGCCGAUGUUCGAGCCCAAGGGGAUCGACUGGGAGUAUUUUGUGACGGAGGCGCCGAGGGAUCUGUGGAAGAUUAAUGGGCUUGUGCCGCCGGCUGCUGGGUCGGAAGAGGAGAAGGUCUGGCAUGGACUGGUCACUGGACACACGUACUUAUUCAAAGACCUGCAGGGCAUUCCCAGGACAAAUAACGCGGUGGCAUGGUGGACUUUUGACUGGUUAGAGGACCAAGGGGUGACUGACAAGUGGGGUGUACAAUCCUUCGAAGAGAACUCAAGCGUUUGGAAAGAGACCAACCUGCACCACUCGACGAACCAACUGUGGAUGAUGUUACUGACAGCCACGGGUUUGAAGCGGCUAAGCAAACUCGGAUUCUCUCGGUUGAUCAUUGAUCAACGGACCCACCAGGCAUAUUACAAGAAGAAGAGGACCACCCAGCCGGGCUUCAAGCUCCGACGACUGAACAUCAUGCAGUGGGUGCUCACGCAGUAG